AUGAUGAAGCGCAAGUUCCCACUGGAGGAGGAAACCCCUAACCCCGAUCCCUUUCGGAUCCCGUCCCCGCCAUCGCCGCUGUCGAUGUUCCAGACUCAGGUCGUUGACGGGGGCGUCGAAGGUUCUAGUGGCGAUGUGAUGAACCCGUCCCUUCCAGAUUGGUGCUUCUUGGAGGAGUCGCUGCUCAGCAUCCCCAACCCUUCAGCAUCGAACCCGAAUGAUUUGGUUCUUGACCCUGAUGUUAUGAUGGAUACAAGCCCGAAGAGGCGCUGCGUCGACCCUGAGGUGGAGAGAGUCGAGGUGAUCCCAAGGCCGCUGCCUUCACCAGCGACGGCAAGUGUGAUGCAGGACCCCGCGGUGUACAACGCAAUGCUGAGGGAGAAGCUGGAUGAGGACCUUGCUGCCGUUGCCUUGCUGACGUUGCUUCAUUCUCCUAUUUGUGUUCAUAUAGAUAAUGAGAUUCUAGUGCAACAAAUGUCAGGUGGUGGCCAAUAUGGAGGGACUAGUCCAAAUCUUGCUCAAAAUCCAGAUGUCAGUGUGAGGCAAGUUAGCUCUCCCUUAAGGGAGCAAUCACCAUCAACUAAUAAUAUCGAAGGAGAGGCAGAAACAAUGGGAAAUAUGAAUUUCAGUGCAGAAAAGGUGAAAAUGAGGAGGGAAUCCAAUCGGAUUUCAGCUAGACUCUCAAGAUACAAAAAGGCAACUCAAAUGCAGAACUUACAGCACCAGGUCUUGCAUUUUAAACAACACCAUUUGUGCUUAAGAGAUUACAAAUACACAAGUAACUUGACUUAUGCUAAUUGUUGCAGCUUUCACUAUUAAGCUGAAAAUAAAUAUUUGGUGAAACGUCAGGCAGACUUAAUUCAGAAAUAUAGCAGUGCUGUCAUUGACAAUAGGGUAUUAAAGGCAAAUGUUGAAACCCUAGAAACAAAGGUGAAGCUGGUAGAGGAAAUCAUUAAGAGGUUCACAAGCACACACGAUGUGCCCCAAGUUGUCUCUAGCUUAACAUCCCUGGGCUUCCCCCUCAGUGCAUCCCCAUCAAAUGGUGCCCAUGAAACUUUUGUGCCUACCCAGAAUACCCCAUUUAAUUACUUCACCUCUGUGACAACCAAUGGCGGUGUAAACAACAUUUACACCCCUGAGGCAACUUCGACAUUCCAAAUUCAGGACCCAGUGGCUUUGUUGCAGAUGCAGUCUGAAUCAAGCUUGGAACAUCUACAAAGGAGGGUGUGUGAUAGUGCUCCAAGUUCAUCAGUGCUCGCACCACAAGAAGUUACUUCAUUCAAUCCAAAUGAGUUCAUCAACAUGGGGAUGCAAUAG